AUUGAUCAACUCAAACCUUCAUGGUUUUCAGGAUCAACUGCUGUAUUUCAUUCAUUUAUUAGUUUACCAUGUUUUUUUUUCUUACACUGCCUGCCCCCCCUCCCAACACAGGCUGCCCUGUCGCUCUCUCUCUCUUUUUCAUUCUCUGACAGUACUGUGCCAAUUCCUCCGGCUUUACAAAUAUGAUAAGGCACAAGCUGCAAGAACUCUCCCUGCUCUAUGGUAAUGGUUAACCAGAUAAUACAUCUAUGGGGUGGGAAUAGACAACAGUCAGACGUUUUACUAUCUCCUUCCCUGUAGUUGCGCGCCUUCAGUUGAAUUCAUUCAUAGCAAGAGUCAGAAUGGAGGACUCGUCGCAAGAAAAGAGGCAAGAAUUGGAAAUUGAAAACCAGAAUGAGGAGGAAGGUGGAAUACGGCGCCGACUGCGAGACAGGGACCUUCUCAGGAAGAGAAAAGCCGAAGCAGAAGAGAAGGAAACUAACCAGUGGGUUUUUGGGAUAGAGAGCCAAAGGAAAAGAUCAAGGUCUGAAAACAAGGCUGGCUCAAAGAGGAGAGGGAGGCCCAGGAAGACUGAGCCCACGCCACAGCUGUCGGUCGUGGGGGAAGAGGCAGCUGCAGCUCCCGCAGUCAUAGUGGCACCUGAACCUGCUGCAUUCAUUUCAGAUCAAAUAUCAGGUUCUCUCACCUCGAUGCUGGCCAAGGAACCGCAGCCACCUUCUGUCCCUGCUGCACCUGCUCCUGCACCAGUGCUCGGAUCUUUCCAGAGCUCAAUCUUUGGUCCCCUUCUGAUUCCUCGACCUCCAUUUAAUACAGCUGUAGAGAUCUCUGAAGCUCCUGUCCAAGAUUCAGCUCCAGCUCGAGCAGCAGCAGCAGCAGCUUCAACACCAGAACCAGCUCCUGUUGCUUUUACAGCCCCAAGUCUGAUCCAAGACUCUGCUCCAGCUGCAUUUCUCGCUCCUCCCAUAGCUCGUAACCAGGUGGAGAACCUCUACACAGAGUCCCAAGCCAGAGAGGCCCUUGACCAGGUCCUGAUUGAAGACUUGGGCCCAGAUGAGGAAGAAGACAUUGCUCCAUCACAAGAUAAAAGAGCUGAUGAAGGUGUGAAUGAAAUGCUGUUGACCAACGUACCUGAACAAACCAGAAUGUAUUCAGUUCCUACCUUUUCCUCUGCUUCUCUGCCUCAGGAAUAUUUUCCAGGAAAUUGAUUUUAAUUUUUCCAACACUGACUGUUCAGAUAUUGCUUGUGUUAGGAACAUGCAACGCCAGAGAGUCCCCUUUAGGUCACACUUCGUGUCUGAGUGUUAUUUUGGUUAGUGCGCAAUCCUUUGACGGAAGAGAGCGAAUGUGUUGAGCUUAUGCAUUGCUUAUUUUGAAAAUGUAUGAAUGCAAACCAAACCUGUAUGGUUAUUUAUUUUGGGUUGUGCUUCACAGAAAAGUUUUAUGAUUAAAAAAAAAAAGACAUAUAUAUAUAUAUACUUUGCAUUUAGUAACAGCAAAAUAUGCUUGCUUUAUUUAAGACUGAUGGAUAUGAAUGAACUCCUAUUAAUUAUAUAUUUGUAAUUGUGGAUUUUCUUUGAUAUGACUUUGUAAAAA